AUGUCAACUUCAAGUUAUAAAAAACUGGAUGUCGGGAAUCGUGGGGCUCACGGUCUCCCAGACAAAAUGGUUGUCUUCCAAGAGUGUCUUCAGCAGUUCAACGCUUCGCCGGUGAACGCCAAAAAAUGUAGACUUCUUCUUGGAGAAUUGUUGAGAUUGAUCUACCACGGAGAAAACUUCCCUGCAGCAGAAUCUACGACGUUGUUCUUCCUGAUCUCGAAAUUGUUCCAGCAUAAGGACGUUUCGUUGAGACAAAUGGUCUACUUGGCGAUCAAGGAGUUAUCGUCCACCAGUAACGAUAUUUUGAUGGUCACGUCAUCAAUCAUGAAGGAUAUUCAGGCUGGAGACAUCAUCUACAAACCAAACGCCAUUAGAACGUUAGGUAAAGUGUUGGACCCAAGUACCGUUUCUGCCAGUGAAAGGUUGUUCAAGAACGCCAUUGUCGAGAAAAAUCCAAUUUUACUGUCUGCUGCUCUUAUCAGUAGUUACAACUUGCUCCCAAUUGCCAAGGAUGUGGUCAAAAGAUUCACUAAUGAAACUUUGGAAACUUUGACGAGCUACAAGCAAUUCCCAGCCAAUCAAUUCCAGUUGCACGAGUAUUACGGAUCUGCAACUACGAAUUUACCAAGUACCAGUUACAUGUACCAGUACCAUGCUUUAGGGUUAUUGUAUCACUUAAGAAAUCACGAUAAGAUGGCUCUUAUGAAGCUUAUAACCAGUUUGUCAGAGGGUUCUCAGUUGAAGAAUUCGUUGAGUAUUAUCCAGUUACUUAGAUACAUUAACAAGAUCUUGGUGGACGACGAAAACUUGAUCAAAAUAUUGUACCCUAUUUUGUCAUCAUAUCUUAAGCAUAAGCUGGACAUGGUCGAAUUGGAAGCCUGUAAGGUUUUGAUCAAUUUGGGACACCUUAUUAAAGAUGAUGAAUUCAUGCAAAUCAUUACUUGCCUACAAAAACUUUUACUGGUUCCAAGAACUUCCACCCGUUUUGCUGCUAUUAGACUUAUAAACAAGAUUUCCAUCAAGCAUCCUGAGAAGAUUAUGGUAGUGAAUUUGGAAUUGGAAAACUUGAUCAAUGACUCUAACAGAUCUAUUCAAACUUUGGCUAUUACCACUUUGCUUAAGACCAUGGGUGUUGGUACUGUAGAACUGGAAUCCGGUGGAGAAUCUGUGGAUCGUCUUAUUACCAAGAUGACUUCUUUGAUGGACGAAAUUACUGAAGAUUUCAAAAUUGUCAUUAUUGAAGCAAUUGAAAACUUGGCUUUGAAAUUCCCUUCAAAGCACAAAAAGUUGGUGUCAUUCUUAACUGAUUUAUUGAGAGAUGACGGUACUUUAACUUUGAAAAGUAGCAUUGUUGAUGCCCUCUUUGAUCUUAUUAAGUUUUUGUCUGACGAAAGCGGUGCUAAACAAUUGAUUUUGAUGAACUUGUGUGAGUUCAUUGAAGAUUGUGAAUUCACAGAACUUUCAGUUAGGAUUCUCCAUCUCCUUGGUGAUGAAGGUCCAAAGACUUCCAACCCAUCUUACUACAUUAGACACAUUUAUAACAGAUUGGUUUUGGAAAACUCAAUCAUUAGGUCAUCUGCUAUCAUUUCAUUAAGUAAAUUCGCUGUUAUUUGCGGAGGUUCUCUUAGCGAGAAUAUUGAAAUUUUACUUAAAAGAUGCCUCAAUGAUGUUGACGAUGAAGUUAGAGACAGAGCAGUGUUAGCAUUAAGUUUCAUCUCAAAUAAGAAGAAGGAAUUAAUCGUUAAGGAAGAAAGGUAUAACUUGAAUGUUUUAGAAUCUAAGUUGACGCAUUACUUAAAUGGAGGAGAUUUCCUGAAGAAGUUUGAAAUUGAAGAAGUUCCAUUGUUAACUACUGAAGAAUUGAAGAGUAUGGAAUAUGGUAGAAAGAUGAGAAAGUUGGACAAUGGUUCGGAAGAAGAAAAGGAAGAAACCACAAUAGACUCCAAGGAUCAAUCCAAUGAUAAUAAACUGGGCAGUAAUGGUAAUAUUGACCAAACACUCCGUCUUCAAGCUUUCUCCGCUGAACUUUCUGCAAUUCCAGAAUUUUCUACCUUUGGAAACCUUACGACUUCCUCUCAAAGCAUUUAUCUUACUGACAAAGAAAAUGAAUUCGUUGUUUCAUGUGUUAAGCAUUUUUUCAUUUCUUCGUCUAAAUUAGUGUUGCAAUACAAUAUUCUCAACACAGUUGACCAUAUGAUUCUUCAAGAUAUUUCCAUUGUUACUCAACCAGAUAAUGAACUCUACCAAGAAGACCUUAUAAUUCAAUUAGACGAAUUGAAACCACAACAGCAAGGAACGGUAUAUGUCGUGUAUCUGAUCCCAGCUUUAACGGACGAAGGAGAAGGUAUCUUGAGUGCAUUUGGAAAUACCUUAAAUUACAUUCAUAAGGAGAUUAUUGAUGAAGAAGGUAAUAUAGACCCUAGUGAUGAAGGUUGGGCCGAUGAUUAUCAAAUUGAAGACUUGGUUAUAACACCAGGUGAUUUCAUCCAACCAAUUUACAACUCAAAUUUCGCUUCCAUAUUUGAACAAUUGCCAAUUGAAGAAAGUAGUAUGUAUAACUUGAAGGAUUUCGGAAAGACUUUGCCAGCCGUUGUUGAAAAACUUACCAAGCCUUUGAAUAUGAUGGCUUUAGAUGGUUCUGAUUAUGUUCCAGAUGACUCUGCAUCACACACUUUGAAGUUGUUAGGUAAGGAUGUAUGGGGAGGAAAGGUUGCAUUAUUGGUUAGAAUUGCAAUGACGAACGGAAAGUUAAUAGCCAAGGUUCAAGCAAAGGGUGAAACUGAAAAGUUUGUUGAUGUUGUUUUAGAUGGAUUUGUUUAG